AUGUCAUUUGUGGACCACUUACAAGGUCUCCUCGACAAUCCCAACAUCCCAUGGAAGUCGGUGAUUACUGCCUUCACUUUGGGCCAAUUUGCGUUCGAAACGUAUUUGAACUAUCGCCAGUACCGCACUUUGGGCAAGAAGACUCUUCCUAAGACUUUAGAGGCUGAGAUCGAUGCAGAGACCGUGCGCAAGGCGAAUGAGUACUCGCGUUCCAAGAUGAAGUUCAGUAUCUUGUCAAGCACUUUCAGCUUGGUGGAAAAUUUGGCCGUGAUCAAGUACGAUCUGUUUCCUCGUGUGUGGCAUUUGGGCGUUGCGAUUGCUCGCAAACUUCCCUUCCAAGUGCUUACGUCGUCUACCAUCGCUCAAAGUCUGGUUUUCUUCACUGUGUUAUCAAAUCUGUCUACUAUUGUGCAAUUGCCCUUUUCUUACUACGAACACUUUGUUCUAGAGGAGAAGCACGGUUUCAACAAACUGAGUGUGAAAUUGUGGAUCUCAGACAAGAUCAAGGGCUCUCUCUUGGGUGCAGCAUUGGGUAUGCCGCUAACGUACGGGUUUCUCAAGAUUUUCGAAACUUUCCAGACCAAUUUCCUUGUAUACAUCUGUGGAUUCGUGCUUGUGGUCCAAAUACUGGCCAUGACUUUGGUACCUGUGCUCAUUAUGCCCUUGUUUAACAAAUUCACACCUUUGGAAGACGGGGAACUCAAGGAAUCGAUCGAGGCUCUUGCACGUCGCGUCAACUUCCCAUUGGACAAGAUUUUUGUCGUGGAUGGUUCCAAACGGUCUUCCCAUUCCAACGCUUAUUUCACGGGACUGCCCUUCACCAGCAAGCGCAUUGUGCUCUACGAUACGCUUGUGAAGGAUUCUUCUGUGGAUGAGAUCACCGCGGUGCUAGCCCACGAAAUCGGGCAUUGGCAGAAAAACCACAUUUUGCGUAUGCUUGCCUUCAGUGAGGUCCACAUCGCUUUCUUGUUUUCUCUGUUCACCGCAGCAUACCAAAACAAGUCUCUAUACGCGGCAUUCGGCUUCUACCUGGGUCAGGGAGCUCCCGCCAACGCCGCAACCGUUAUUACUCCACAAUUGCCUGUAUUGAUCGGCUUCAUGCUGUUCAACGAUCUUUUGCAGCCUUUGGAAUGCGGCUUGAAUUUCGGCAUAAACUUGAUGUCCAGACUACACGAGUACCAAGCUGAUGCCUACGCCAAGAACCUAGGCUACACAAAGGAUCUGUGUCGUGCCCUGAUCAACUUGCAAGUCAAGAAUUUAUCAACCAUGAAUGUCGACCCAUUGUUUUCGAGCUACCACUAUUCACAUCCCACUCUUCCUGAGCGUCUAGAGGCUCUCGACUACAUCAGCGAACGCAAGGCCGAGUGA